AUGAUGGUUGAAAUAGAUGCUGCAAUAGGAUAUCUUCGUGAUCGAGUCAGUUGUGAUUCUGGAGAUUCGGAUGAAUCUCAAUAUAUGAAAUUCGGUAUUCAACUCUCUUAUGUUUUGCCGUUUGCGUUUUUAUACUUUUCAUUUUUGAUAGCGAUUGUCAAGAGAAGAAGACACUGCGAGCUAUUUGAAGAUUCGUUUUUUGCUUUACACCUCGUGGAUGGAAUUGUGACUCUGAUAUUCCUUCUUCUUGAUAUAUCUUUUCUCCGUUUGACAACCUACAUUCGACCAGUCUGUGAAUACUUUGUACCUUUUCUAAAAUAUGAUUCCUACUACCUUACACCAUAUUUCACAGUCUAUCUCUAUGCUCAAUUUGCCAAAAUGCUCUCAACUUUAGCAAUGAGUGUCAACAGGUACACAUCCGUCAACUACCCGCUAAUCCAUAAAUCGAUUUGGAUUCGCCAUUGCCAAAAAGUUCUCAUUGGAGUUCUGAUCAUUCCAAUUCUGUUCGUUUGGCCCGUUGGAAUUGCAAAAACCAGUUUUCUACCUAAUAAAGGCCAAGGACUCAUUAUGUAUGAGCAUCGUUUUUGGUGGGCUCGAACUUCUUUCGGUCGGAUUCUGAUUGGUGGAUCUACACUCGUCUUUACUAUAUUUUCGAGCAUUGUGACUACUUACAAGUUGUCAAAACUCGGAAAGCAUAUGAGAAGAGUUGAAGUUUCGCUGACAAUUGCAACAAUAUUCACUUCAGUUGGUUUUGUGUUGAUGCUGACAGUUCAAGUAGUUCAGAUUGUGGUUCCGCUUGAUACUUUUGUGGAUGACCCGUGGAUUGCAGCUUUUCUCUUGGGAGCAACUCAAUUUGUCAAUGAUUUUUACAUGUUAAGUGGUCCCGUCGUCUUGCUCAUUCUCGAUAGAAAAAUCCGGAAGUCCAUCCUUCAUUGCUCACUUCGACGAUCGAAUUCAGAUAAGAGAAUUCUCGAAGUUUCUGCAAGACCAGUCACAAUAACCGAAACUCAUAUGUUUUGA